UAAGGCGCCCACACUGAGAAGGCGCCCAUGCUGCUUUGCGGGCACGGACUUGGGGAGGAAAGGAAGCCCAGCCUGCUUAAAAAAUAAAAUGUUGUAAGUGGCGAGCGAUGGGGCCACUAAGAGUAUCUGCUACUCCAUCUUUGAUUUGGCCCCACAGAGAAAGAGUGGUUACAGAUAGCGAACCACCAACAUGUUCUUUAUCACUAUGAAGUGUAAGCACGGCGGCUAAUCUCUUCAGUACGGCGGGGCUUGCAUCCGGUUUCCUGAAGGCGUACCGGCCGACCACCUCUGGCUUCACGGCCUUCGCUGGUGCUGCGGCUGGCCUGAAAGGCAAUGGGGCAAGACGCGGCCUUUGGAACGGCACUGCCGCCACCGUGCCAUAUGAGUUCGCAGAAAUCUCCGAUUCUGACAACGAGACGACGCUGGCGGGAGCGGGGACGGUCACAGUCGAUGAAGACGUGUUCGGCCCUAUUUACGCCAGUACAAUGCGAAUCGCCCUUAUAACCACCAUGCUCGUUCUGUCGCUCUUCGGCAAUACGAUUGUGUGCUACCGUCUCCUGAAGUCGCGGCGCCACAGGGUGUUCAAGGCUCAGGUACUGUUCCUGAACCUGGCACUGGCCGACCUUCUCGUCACUCUGGUUACCAUGAACUCUCAGCUGCUGUGGGAGAUCGUGGGACGCGUCUGGGCCGCCGGGGACGGCCCCUGCCGUGUAUUCAAGGUGAUGCAGACGUUCGCGCUCGUCUCGUCCACGUACAUGCUCGUGGGUAUCGCGGUGGACCGCCACUACGCCAUCUGCAAGCCGCUCGUGCCGGCUCCCAGACCUCGCUCCGUGGCCGCCAUCUGCUGGUUGCUCUCACUCGUUCCGUCCCUGCCGAACCUCUUCGUGUUCCGCGUGGUCGUGGUGCGAGACAAAUGCUACUGUGCCUCAGUCUUCUACAUCUAUCGGGAUUCCGCCAAAAUGGCCCGGCAAAUCUACAUGGCAUGCGUGUUCACACUCGUCUUCGUCCUUCCGCUGUGUGCGCUGGUAGGGCUCUACACUAGCAUCCUACUCAAGAUGCGGAAGAUGGGCGCCGCCAACACCAGAACGCCAGGAGGCGUUCGCAUAGGGCUUGCGACGACGUUGCCGUCGAGGACAACGCCAACGACGACAGCUGUCAGCGAGAAUUCAAACCAAAGCACGCUGCCUAGAGCGCGUCUGCGGACUCUGAAGAUGGCCGUGGUGAUUUUUAUGGCGUUCCUGCUGACUAACUUGCCUUACAUGGUGCAAGAGAUGAUUUUAGCCUUCGCUCGAGACGUUUCGCUGGGACCUCACGUGGUGGCCGUGUUUGGCGUCAUCUCUGCCUCCAACAGCGCCGUUAACCCGUACGUGUAUCUGGCCUUCAACGGCGGCGCAGCAGGCACCAGUUGCGAUGCUCGCGUGCGCGGCUUGUGGCGUAGGCUUACGUGUUCUUCAGGCUCCAAACGCACGACCACCAUGCUUCGCACCUCGUUCUCAGCGUUGCCCACUCGCCGCCGUAAGCGGCCAAUAACGGCGCAAGGGCCACUUUCUGAGCAGAAGUGCAGAAGUAACGGACAGCUCGGAGCGCCGGAGGAAAAGAUGUGAGGCGCGAACGCAGAUCGCAGGUGGAGUCGUUGUGCUGUCGAGUUGGUAAUUUUCAACAGCGCAUGGCAUAGUCACUUUAGGGUAGAGUGCCUUUUACCCCGUGCUAAUAUGUUGAGAGAUGAACUGGGCUCGUUUGGUACGUUUUUUUUUUUUUCAGUAACUGUGAUGCAGUGCUUGAGCACAGCGAUUAUAUGGGCAGUGUUUUGUGACUAGUGUCUUGAGGGAUGUCUAUCAUUCUCGUAAGUAGGUACUGAGUGUGCUCGUACAGAACUAAGCCGAAUUGGGUGGUCACGAGGAAAGUGAUGGUUAAAUGGUGUGCACGACACGCGUCAUAGAUGAUAGUUUCCUGCAAUAUGCGUAUCGGAUGGUCGUGGACUGAGUGAGAGCUGCCGCCUCUGUUUAUCAUAAUAAGAAAUGCUACACACUUUUGCCGACAAGGUACAACUUCAUGAAGAGACCAGUGUUAUAAGAUGAAGUGGGAUGAAAAAGCGAUAUAUCUCUCUUGUCAGGCAAGCGCGUUCUUGCUCUAGAAGCUUUUCGACACAUGCUUUAAGUACUCUUUAUCAUCGGCCGCCAUGCCAAAUAUGCAGUAUCCGUGUUGGGCAUUGGCAAUUAAAUGAACUGCUCUCGUAUCCAUCCGAGCUCUCGAAAAGGAGUGCAGAAUUCAUGUCGCAUGUCGCUAUGUGCCGGUACAAAAACUGAUACGUUGCUUGACAUCCUUUCGAAGGAAAGACCUUCCAUAAAGGCCUGAUUGCAAAUCCGAGCUAUGCGAGAAGGAUCCAGCAGGCAUGAUAAGAAAAUAUUACACAUGUUACUCGGAUUAAUUAAUACACAAAUAUGUAUCUCUGGGUCAGCUGAAGAGAUGCUCUUGCGGAAGGCAUUUCUACUAAGCUUUCGAGAAAUGUUCCCCUUUAGUACCGCCACCUGGAAUGUAGGGCAUCCUGCUUAGCUGAUUAAACCUUGACAAAGUAAAGAAAAGGAAAGACUAGGCCUAGUGGCAUACCAUAAACAGCGCUACUAGCAGAAGAAUGCGGCGCUGUGAAGUUGCAAAAGAAUGUGGAAGGCUGUGGAGUUCGGAAGAACGUUGCGUGUUGAGUAGAAGGCGUCGUG